UUGGAAAAUUUCGUUAAUUUUUUCCGUGGGAAACGUUAGAAGGUCCGUGGGAAAUGCUUGAAGGAGGUGAUAUCUGAGAUAGAUGGAGUAGUCAAUAACUACUUCAUUUAAUAGUGGAGUAGAUCGUAGCUGCCGUUGAGCUGCCAUUGCUCUUUCUCUCUCUCUUUUUUCAGAGUGCGCCACCGUCGUACGCCGCCGCCGUACCUCGCCUUUUCAAUGUAUCCCGAAGAAUCGAUAUCUCAGAUGGUAUCUGAUGGUAGAAUGACACGUGAUCUUCCUUUUCCUUUGGAAGAAAUUGGUUUUUCCAACAUGUCGUCCUCCUUAAAUCCAGCGAGAGGAGAUCAUGAAUUUUUGGAAGAUCCACCCACUAGUGCACGUGAUGAGCAUCUGGUUGAAAUCUCUGAGGCUCUUAGAACUGUUGCAAAGGCAUUGAGGCGGGUUGCAGAAGGAAAAGCUUCAGCACAAGCAGAGGCGGCUAGUUGGAAGCGUAAAUAUGAACUAGAGAAGGAGCGGAAUUCUAGUCUUAAACAUCAAGAAGCAACAAAAAUAUGCCAUAGUGGUUCUAGAGAGGAGGAGACAGAAAAUCUAAGGAAUGAAUCAUUGGUGCAUGAUUCUUCACCUGAGAACAGCGUGCAUUGUUGUGGGAAAGAUGGGAUUUGCUCGCAUGAAACUCUUGGAGAUGGGGCAGUUGAUGCCGUUUCUAACAAGCAACGCAGGAUGGUUACAAGGAAGGCAAGUUUCAGGCUUGCAUGGGGAUGUAAUGGUUACAGUAGCGGUCAGCAUAAGCACGAAGUUGUCUCUUUUGAGAAAGGAAAUAUAACCACUGCAGGGCGCAGCAAUAAGCAGAUUCUACUAAAGUGGGAAUCCCAGCCACAAACAGUGCUUAUUUUGGCUAAGCCAAAUUCCAACUCUGUUCGUUCUUUAUGUGCUGAAAUGGUCAGAUGGCUGAAAGAUGAAAAGAAAAUAAAUGUUUUUGUUGAGCCUCGAGUGAAAAUUGAGCUUCUUAGUGAAUCUUCGGACUUCAACCUUGUUCAGACAUGGAAAAAUGAUGAUGAAAUAAAGGACCUUCACUCGAAGGUUGACUUGGUUGUUACUCUCGGUGGUGAUGGAACUGUUCUUUGGGCUGCUUCAAUGUUCAAAGGGCCAAUUCCUCCUGUUGUUCCAUUUUCUUUAGGAUCACUGGGUUUCAUGACCCCUUUUCAAAGUGAAAACUAUAUAGAGUAUUUGGACGCAGUAUUGAAGGGACCCAUGAGCAUCACAUUACGUCACCGGCUGCAAUGCCAUGUUAUUCGAGAUGCUGCCAAAGAUGAAAUAGAAACUGAAGAACCCAUUCUUGUCCUUAAUGAAGUCACGAUUGACAGGGGAAUGUCUUCAUACCUUACUUAUCUAGAAUGCUACUGUGAUAGCUCCUUUGUUACGUGUGUGCAAGGAGAUGGAUUAAUAUUAUCAACAACAUCUGGUAGUACAGCCUACUCACUUGCAGCUGGAGGAUCAAUGGUCCAUCCACAGGUUCCUGGUAUUCUAUUCACUCCAAUCUGUCCUCAUUCUCUUUCAUUCCGGCCGCUGAUACUACCGGAGUAUGCGACGCUGAGAGUUCAAAUUCCUUUGAACAGCAGAGGACAGGCGUGGGCCUCUUUUGAUGGCAAAGACAGGAAGCAAUUGGCCCCUGGUGAUGCUCUCAUCUGCAGCAUGGCUCCUUGGCCAGUCCCCACAGCAUGCCAAGUUGAUUCCACCAAUGACUUCCUGCGAAGCAUCAAUGAAGGCCUCCAUUGGAAUUUAAGGAAGAUUCAAUCAUUUGAUGGUCCUCGCGAUUUGUAGCUUCCACUGUGGCUCUAACCAUUAUUAUGCAAUCCAAUGAGUUAAGAUCCUGCUGCUUCCUUACUGAUUCCAGCUGAAUAAUUCCCAAAGCCAAGGUAAGAACGAGUCAUCUCAACUUUGAAUUGGGAAAAAAAAAUCAAACAGUUUUAUGAAUAAAGUUAUUGUGAGUGUUGUUUUUGAUGACACUCAGAGUUUGAUUAGAAUAGAAUAUUAGAGGUUCAUAGAUUUAGGUUUAGGGUUUCUCAACGGUCUCUAACAAACCAAGAGCCUCUUUUUAACUAUUGUUUUCUCAUGAAUAGAACAAUCUAGAAGUCAUUUGGUUACAAUAUUGCUUAUAAUAAAUGGGCGAGUUUUUAUUAGAGGUUAUUAUUGAAUUACCAAGUGUCAAAUUAUGAUUGAAGGAAAGAUAAUUCUUUCAGAAUAAAUGUCUGGUUAGGGCUAAUUUUUGUUGAACAUGUUUAUGAAAUUUCAUUAUUGAAGUCUCUCUCAUGAUUUUUGUCUA